AUGCCUUCCGAGGCAGGAAAGGAUAAGGAGCAGAGGGCUUCGGAGCUGAAGGGUGUUUGCCUACAGUUCCGGCCUCGAGUUUCAGCUGAGAGACAAAAGGAACUCCGGGACUCCCAGCCACGGGAACCACCUUGGGGGGAAGGGGGCCCGAGGUCUUUGCCAAUCGCUAAUGAGGGGUCGCCUCCCGGUCGGUGUCCGGCUCCGCGCCCCCUCCCCGCGCGCCGCUCCCGCCCCCGCCCGGCCCACGGUGGAGCCCGGGGAGAAGUCGGGUCUGGGGCCGGAGGCUGGAAACGUGGGUGGGUGGCUGAGGUCCAAGCCCCAGCCGUAGCCCCCGAGCUCCCGACCCGAGGGAGGGGCCUCGCUUCCCCCGCCGCCGCCGCCGCCGCCGCCGCCCCCCGGUUACCUCGGCCCCAGCCGCCGCGGCCGCCUCUCGGCUCAGACACUUGCUUCGCUGAGCAGCCGCCGCCGCCAGCGCUCCCCGGACGCGCGCUGCAGCCGCCUCCGCCGCCCGGCCUCGAGCACGCUCCCGGCUGCAGAGCCUCCUCUCGGCCCCGGCAACUGCCAGCUCCAGCUGCCCCAGCAGCCUGCCUCGCGCUCCUCCCAACCCCCACCGGCCAACCGCCGCCGCUGCCGCCGCCGUCAGGGCACUGA